UUGCCGUCAUUUUGCUGUUAUCUCACACAGGUACGAAAGGACGUGGGUUCCAUCCCAACUCCUGUGUAGCGUUUGCAUGUUUUACCCGUGUCUCUUCUCAAAGUCCAAAGACAUGCUUUCAACUGAGUUGUCCGUCCAUUGUGGGUGCGCGUGAGAGAGAGAGAGAGAGAGAGAGAGAGAGAUUCACUGGUGUGUAGAUAAGCGUGUCAUUGUGUCUAGUAUGUGUAGCACUAGUGUAAGUGACCCGAAGAAAAGGUGCGCGCUGAUGACACUACACCAGUGCUCACUGGAAAUGUCUCUCAAUAAGGGACAACUUAAGUGACCUGUCGCCACAUGCGCUUACAAACAGCGACAUCUAACGGCCCCUCACUGCGUCAGUACCUCACGAGGCGCUCUAGGGAUUCCACCGCCCGUAUUUUUCAGGUCGCCUUAACUUUCGUGUUUAUAUACGGUGCGCCGCGGACUGGCUGCUCCCGCGCUCACGUCACUCGCGAAGCUCCUUCGUGAAGGACCGUAACGCGGCGACGUGUGAGAAAUGUCACCGUGACCCAUCGUACACAUUUCAAAAGGACUGGCGCGCUUCUGCGCGAGAGACUCGAGUGAAGGACACUGCUCCCAGAUAUCACGACCCCGCUGGCACGCGCAACGCACUUGCCGCCCCGUUCCAGCAGCCUCGAGGGCGUUCACUCGUCGGUGGCGCGGUCAUUCACGGCACAGAACUGGGAGGGGGCGUCUGAAAGGGAGACGCGGACUGUCGAUAAGCGCAGAUGAACGAGGUGACUCGCACAUGCUGUGGCUAGUGACAGCGCUUUAAUUGUCUCCUAAGGACUCAGAAUCUGAGGCGCGACGCGAAUUUAGUGAUAAUAAAAAUAAUAAUAAUAAAAAAUGAGGUAAAAGUUGAAGUGGGAGGAUGCGUCGCGGCGAACUGACGAACUAGGUGGGGGCCGCUGACUGUCCGUUCCGCGCGCUCCACGCCGUGUGUUCGCACCCCCCCGCCCCAUGUCGCGCCUGCCGUCCAACAGCAACACAGAGCUGCUCCUGGCACAAGCGGCGCUAUUCCCGGCGUGUUUUCCGAGAAAGAAAAGAUGGCCGAUCAGGGGGAGGACACGGGAGCUCGCGCGCGGCUCACGCUCACGUCGGCGCCGUCCAGCCCCACGCGCGCCGCCCCUUCGGGCGCGCAGCUCUCGUGUCCGGCGCGGGCCCUCGCGCGCCUGCAGGCUAGGGACUUCGAGUUCGUCAUGCGCCAAAAGGUGGUCACCGUGGGCCGCAACUCCUCGCACGGCUCCGUGGACGUCAACAUGGGCCACUCGAGCUUCAUCUCGCGGCAGCACCUGCAGAUCACCUUCGAGGAGCCCUUCUUCUACCUGCGCUGCCUGGGCAAGAAUGGAGUGUUCGUGGACGGCGUGUUCCAGCGGAGGGGCGCCGCUCCGCUGCAGCUGCCCGCAGAGUGCACGUUACGGUUUCCCAGCACGGUCAUCAAGAUUCAGUUCACUGCCCUUUACCAUCAAGAGACGAUGAGGGAAGAGACACAGCCAUCUCCAGCAAGGCUGCUGUACACUCACAUCUCACCGCUGAAAAUCAACAUCCCCGAUGUUGACUUCAGGACCAUGAUAAGCCCCCUGCCAUCCCCAACGGGAACCAUCAGUGUCCCCAACUCCUGCCCAGCAAGUCCACGUGGAGCAGGGUCCUCGGGCUACAGGGCUGGGCACAACGUCACCUCCGACUUGCAGAUGGCAGCAGAAUUCGCAGCCAAGGCAGUGUCUGAGCAGCCCACUGAUGUAUGUGGAGACGACAGCCCCAAGGAUGAGUCGAAGCCACCCUACUCAUAUGCACAGCUAAUCGUCCAGGCCAUCUCCUCGGCUGCAGACCGGCAGCUCACGCUAAGCGGCAUCUACGCCCACAUCACAAAGCAUUACCCAUACUACAAGACUGCUGACAAGGGCUGGCAGAACUCCAUCCGCCAUAACCUGUCACUGAACCGCUACUUCAUCAAAGUGCCCCGCUCUCAGGAGGAGCCGGGAAAGGGUUCCUUCUGGAGGAUCGAUCCCUCCUCGGAGGCCAAGCUGGUGGAACAGUCGUUCCGUAAGCGCCGCCAGAGGGGCGUAUCCUGUUUUCGCACCCCUUUUGGGCCCCUCUCCUCCAGGAGUGCCCCGGCCUCUCCCACCCAUUCAGGCGUGCGCUCGUCCAGUCCUGGCUUGCGGAGCCCAGAGUGCCUGUCCCGGGAGGGCUCCCCGAAUUCCCAUGAACAUGAGUUUGCCUCCAAGUUGGCCUCAGUGCCAGAGUACCGCUAUUCUCAGAGUGCACCGGGCUCACCAGUGAGUGCGCAGCCAGUCAUCAUGGCUGUUCCUUCACAGCCCACCGCCUUGGUAGCCAAGCCCUUGGCAUAUGUGCCCACCUCCAUAAUCACCUCCCAGUCAACCAGUGGCCACGCAGUCCACGUGGUUAAACAGGCGCCAGCUGUUACCAUGGUCCGGGUAAUGAAUGCAUCUUCCAGCUCACCUAAUGGUUAUGUCUUGGCCAGCACCACAGCACCUGGAGGCCAGCAUGGGGCAGGAGAGAGCACCGGAGAACACAGAGGUGCUGGCAACGAGAAAACAGGUGCGAGCCACUCGACGCUCUGCGUGGGCAGCCGCGUCAUCCAGGCUGUCGGUAGCCAUGUGGCAACAGGCAGCAGCAGCCAGCAGACUUUCAGCAUUGUCCAACCAGUACCUGUCUCCUUGGGGCAGCACCAGCUGCCAGUCAGGGCAGUCACUCAGAAUGGAAAGCACAGCAUGACUGCUCACUCCUAUGCGAUCACCAAUCCCCUUCAGAUCCUGGCAGCCCAAGCCUCCACGUCUUUGCCAGUCAUAGUGAACAGACAACCAAGUGAUGAAACUGAGGAGCGAGCCACCGUACCGGGCGAGCCUGAGGUCAAGCGGCCAAGGGUGCAAGAUGACAGUGUUGCUUCAGUCCCCCAGCCAGUCAUCGUGAUGAAGCAGGAUGCCAGUGAAUAGACAGCGGUUAGAAAACAAGAGGCAACAGUCAAGAGCACUUUAACUGUGUUCUUCAAUACCAUUGGCCCAAGGUGCCAACCUAUAGGGUGUGGGGACAGGUUAUGAACAUAUAUGGACUUUAUCUAUCGGAGAAGAAAUAGUAACUUUGUGAAAAUUAAUUGUAUAAUUGUAGGAAAGAGGUUUGACUUGUGUGACUGAGCCACAGGUUGUGGUUGUGACAUGCAGUUUCCCAGAAAGCCUUAAAAGAGGAUAGAUUGAGGCCCCACUCUUUGGAUCACAGAGAGGUUUACUUGGCAUUAGAGCUGGUCCUCCAGAGUAGGAGAGGCAUAUAUACCUGCACAAGUACUUGAAAAAAAAUUAACAGCAUUAACGUUCAGAGCAAUAUUUUUAUAACAUAUACCCUUUGAACAGGAUUUGUCUUGGGUUUGACUGGGACCAAGUCAUUUGCAGCUGUCAUUAAUCUGUAGCUGGUCAUCAGUUUCAAAAAAUUAAAGCCUUGUGUGUUGGAAUGGAGUCCUGCAGGUGCUCUCAGUGUAAAUUUGGAAUGUAGAACACAUUUUUCUUUUUUCCACGUUUUACACAACUUUUUAUUGCUGCAUUACAUGGUGUAAAAUACAUCCAGAUUUAAUCACUGGCAACGAAAUGGUUCUUCUCUGGAGUUUCUUGAACACGGUGGAAUUCAGUACAUUUCUGGCAGAAACCGUUCAUUCUGAAAUUUUACUGUUUGUAAUUUGCUUCUUCAGCACAAAGUGCUUCUUGCUUAGUGAAUGUAGUUUUUGGCCUCUUUGCAGUUCCCUCUCUCAAUUUGGCAUUCUGUACAAGUAUUGCUAUGGUUUGUUUAAAGAUAUUUAAUUUGAGUAAGUUUAAAAUGCAACCCUGGACGUUGGAUAUAAAGCACGCCACAGAGGGCCGUUAUCUGUAAUUUUUUAAUGGCAUAAAAAGACUGAUGUUUUUUUACUCUUAGCAUGUCCUUUGCAUCAAGGAACAUGUGUAUUUUUGUUUGAUUUGCCAAACCCCUCUGAAGACUUGUGGCACUGACUGAUUUUCAUUGAUGUUUGGUAUGAGAUGCAGAUUUACUUGCAUGAAAUUACUGAAAUUUACACACAUUUUUGUAAAUUUAAGGUGAAAUCACUCACUGAGGAAGUUGAAUCUAGGCUGCUUAGUUGUAAUUUGGAAAACGGAGGAACGUGCAGUGAACUGUGAUUCAGCCAGCUACAAAUUUGUAAAGUCUUGGCAUCAGAUCAGCAAUUGAGUUUUGACUUAAACUUUUGUAAAAAUCAAGCGAAGGAAAAAACUGAAAUCAUUUGAGAAUAUCUAGAAAACAGUUUCAUGUUUUACGUAAUUCCUUUGGUGUUUAAGUGAUGGAAGAAAGUUUGUUAAACCUUUUACGGGAGAAGAAAUGUUCCCUUCCGUCUUGGUGAGUGCCUUCUUAGAGACCAAAAGUAGCUUCUAUCCAAUGUUGUCUGCUCCUCAGGAGUAUUGUUUUAAGUAACUGUUGAAUGUGCUUGGAUUGUAGUUUUACUUUUUAGAUGUGAAUAAAUUUAAACUAUAUGGUUAUAUUUAUUGAAUAACACAAAAAGCAAUAAAUAAUAUAAAAUCUGUUUUUUUCCACCAAAAUAUAGGAAUCGAUAGGCACAUGAAGAAUAUUAAAAACAAAAAAA